AUGGCCCGUACUAAGCAGACUGCCCGUAAGUCCACUGGUGGCAAGGCUCCCCGUAAGCAGCUCGCUUCCAAGGCUGCUCGCAAGGCCGCCCCCUCCACCGGCGGUGUCAAGAAGCCUCACCGCUACAAGCCCGGUACCGUCGCUCUGCGUGAGAUCCGUCGCUACCAGAAGUCCACUGAGCUCCUGAUCCGCAAGCUCCCCUUCCAGCGUCUGGUUCGUGAGAUCGCCCAGGACUUCAAGUCCGACCUGCGCUUCCAGUCCUCCGCCAUCGGUGCUCUCCAGGAGUCCGUUGAGGCCUACCUCGUCUCCCUGUUCGAGGACACCAACCUGUGUGCCAUCCACGCCAAGCGUGUCACCAUCCAGUCCAAGGACAUCCAGCUGGCCCGCCGCCUCCGUGGCGAGCGCUCUUAG